CGCGAUUCUGACAUUUUCUCUUCACGAAAAGCGGCGUUUGGCGAAUUCUCGAGAAGAAAAUUCAAUUCCCUGUGCACCCGGAUACGCUAAGCCGGGCGUCCCCGGUGCACGCUGCUAACCAUAAUGGCGGGUGGUUCGGGCACGAAGGUGGUGCAAAUCACCAACAUUGCCCCGCAGGCCACCAAGGAUCAGAUGCAAAACCUGUUCGGCCAUGUCGGCAAGAUAGACGAGAUUCGCCUGUACCCGACGAUACGGGAUGUGUCGUGCCCGGUGGUCUCCCGCAUCUGCUACGUCAAGUACUUCGAGAGUAGCUGCGUUGCGGUCGCCCAACACCUCACCAACACGGUGUUCAUCGACCGCGCACUCAUCGUGAUACCAGUGCAGGGCGGUAUGAUUCCGGAUGAGUAUAAGGCGCUCGAAAUGGCGGCCAACGGUACGCUCGUUCCGGGGCUGCAUAGCAUCAGCAGCUCGUCCAAGUUGCCACCGGAGGUGGUGAACCGUAUCGACGGGAUGGUUCCGAAUCAGGUGGUGAAAACGAUUGACCCGAAGCUGGAGGAGCACGGACUACCCGAGUACCCGCCGCUACCGGUGAACUUUGAUGCGAAGAAAAUCGAGGAGACGCGCCGCACCAUCCUGGUGCUGGAUAUUCGCUCCGAUUGGCGUUUGGAGGAGCUGAUGGAACACUUCAAGCCGGCCGGUGAGAUCAAGUACGCGCGGUACGCCGAAAACGAUCGUACCCGAUUCGCGCUGCUUGAGUUCUGCGACCAGCGUAACAUCAUCAACGCGCUGAAGAUGCACGGCACCGAGUUCCGUGGCUACCGGAUCUGUGUGCAUCACUCGACGCAACCGAUCGUAAAACCGGAAGCGAAGAGCAAUGAGGCCGCCCAGAAGGAGAUCGAAGAAGCGAUGUCGAUCGUAAAGGAAGCCCAAAGUAUGAUUUCGGCAGCGAUUGAUCCCGUCAUUGGAAUGCUGGCAAAGGAUAAGGGCAGUACCAACCGUUCCCGGCGUUCCCGUUCGCGGUCUCGCUCGAAGGAACGCCGAUCAUCCCGAUCGCGGUCCCGGAAGCGCUCCAAGUCGCGCACCAAACGGUCUCGUUCGCGUAAACGCUCCCGCAGUCGUUCGAAACGGUCCCGUUCCCGGCGAUCACCAUCAGCGCGAGUGAAGCGUUCCCGCUCGAAAUCGAAACGUUCGCCAUCACGCAGCAAACGGUCACGUUCACGAUCGAAACACUCCCGGUCACGUGAUCGUCGCAAGCGUUCGCGCUCUCGCCGUCGCAGCCGCACCCGAUCGCGUGAACGAUCGUCGCGGGCAUCGAGACGCUCGCGAUCCCGUUCGAAGAAGCGGUCGCGUUCCCGCGAGCGACGCGAACGGAGUCGCGAUCGUAAGAAGUCUUCGCACCGCAGCAAGGAAGAGCGCCGUACGCGCCGUGCUUCCCGAUCACGCUCCCGCAGUGACAAACGCUCUACAUCGGGCAGUACGACGGGCCGCGUGAAGGAAGCAUCGGCCAGCGGGAAGAGUUCGUCCUCCUCAUCGAAGCGCCGAAGCCGUACACCGUCCGAGAAGCGGUUAAAGAAAAUCCUAGAAGAAACAGUCAGUCGAGAUUAUGAUGCGGAGGAACGGUUGGCAUCCUCCGGUGGCGGAGGUGUCGAUGAUGAUGGCGCGAGUAGCGGUGGCAAACAACCGUCGGCCUCACCACCACCAGCAUCUGGGUCCGGUGGCGGUGGCGGAGGAGGCAGCGGAAGUUCAUCCUCUUCCUCCGGUUCCGGCUCGGUGCCACCUUCCGGUGUGGCGGUUCGCGAAAAAACGGCCAGCCCAACGACGGAAAAGUCCGACAACAUGGAUAUCUCCAACUCGCCCUAGAUGCCGACAAGCCAACUAAUCAACCAAUCAUUCUUCUUUCAUUCUUAAAUCGGUGUGACACAAUCUUCGCUGUAAUGACCAUUGUACGGCAUUUUACUAUUGUGCCCCUAUCUCCUGCCCAUUUUAUCCACCAUUCAGUCCAUCUAUUCCCCUCUGCGUGGCGUGUAAUGUGCAACGACAUGUUUUAAUUGUAAUUGAUGCUGCCGCUUUCCCGACACUGUGUGGAAGUUUCAUUGGCAGAGCGCAGAUUUGAUUUACUUUCCAAAUAAAAUCUCUCUUGAGUCUUAAAACAACCUAA